UAUGAUUGAAAGGUUGACGCGGCCUUUCUUUUUCAUUUCUGGCACAAUUUGGAAUGGACAAUUGUAACAGAUAAUUAUAUGGACUUUCGUUUUGUUUUAGAUUUUCAUUUCAUAGCCCAUUACUAUGUUCCGGUGGAAUAGGAUCGUAACGCUCAAAUGAGUAUAAAAUCUGGAGUAGUACAUUGCUAACGAUUUAGUAUUAAAUUAUCACAAGUUCGCAGCAGUUCUAUUGGCAAAAACGGUUUCGGUCGCGUAAAAAUCUCAACGAGACGAGACAAAAAACAAAACAUUUCGGUUUGUUAACUUAGCUCCUUUGGAAAUGUGGCUGUCUCAUUGUAUUUUUUGUGCGCUGCUGCUUGGCAUACUAUACGACACACCCGCCUCAAAUGCCACAUUAUUAAAUACAAAAACGGAUACUGCUACGCCCAGUACAGACCCGUACUUGAGUUCUCCGCCACAUGAACGCGCCGCGCAUACACCGCGUCCUGCCGUCCAAGCCGCCAACACGGCGUCGUCUGAUUGUCUCACCAACUCGUUGGAUUCGGAUUCAAUCUAUUGUCGUGGCUCGCGUGCUAUACGCAACGCUAUUAACAAUUUGAAUCGUAUGGAUAAACCGUUAGUACUGAUGCGCGGUCUGGAGAUUGUGCCUAGUGCGCGUGUAGGUGAAGCUGCGCCUGCCGAGUCUGCACUCGAGAGCGAUGACUCCUUCUUGGGCUGCGUAUCGGAAUAUUUGCGCAAUCAUGAAUUGAAUAUAAAAUUUUCCGAUUUGCUAGCCGAUGAAAGUGAAAAUUAUUUGGUGCGCCAAGCAGAACGGAACGGCGACGGUCAAGCUGAUGGCGUGCAAGAGGGUCGCAAGAAGGACAAAGGGCAAGGUAUCAUCUUGGCAAUGGCAUUGAUGUUUGGUAAAAUGAUGGCCGUAAUGGGUUUGGGUGGAAUUGGUGCAAUGGCAUUGAAGGCACUCGGCGUUGCAAUGGCAGCGCUCAUGAUGGCCGCAUUGGUAGGUCUGAAAUCGCUAACGCAGCACGGAGGUGAAAGCAGUCACAGCGUACAAUAUUUGAGCGGUGGAGAGGGACAUCAUCACAUGAGACGCCGUAGUAGCAAUUAUGAUGCUUUGGGAUUAGCGUAUCGUGGAUGGCGGAAAGAUCAGCUAAAAAUGCAGGGAGUUUGA